AUGUCUAAAACAGAAUGCAUGGUUGAAUCUACAACAGGAUUUAAUGGGGAGGACGUUUCGCUCAGGUCAUUGACAAAAGAGGGUAAGCUGUUCAACAAUAUUGCAGGAAAUGGAGAUGUAAAAACAGGAACAAGGAGUACGGCCUAUGAUACGGGAGAAGAGAUAAGCCAGAUCAUACACAGACCGAAAUACAAGCUGAAAAAGUCAGAGCUUAGUACCAAUGAGUCCACCGCACUCAUGUAUGCUUCGGAAGCUAAUCCAGAUGAUUUUCCAGAUGGAGGACUAGCGGCGUAUUUAGUAUUAUUUGGGUCGUUUAUGGGGCUAAUUGCUGAUUUUGGUAUUGCCAAUUCGCUUGGUGCUAUUCAGAGUUAUGUUACUAGCCACCAGUUGGAAAACGUUAGUGAAUCUACGGCAUCUUGGGUGUUCAGUAUGCAUUUAGGGGUUAUGUAUUUUGGAAAUGUCAUAUUCGGAUCGUUAUUUGAUAAAUUUGGUGCUAGAAAGUUGCUAAUUGCUGGUACUAUUGUGAUGUGUGGAGGAUUAUUUUGUACCGCAGAAUCAACCACAGUUGUCCAGUUCAUAUUGUCAUUUGGUAUUACCACUGCAAUAGGAACAUCUUUAGCAAUGCCUGCUUUGAUUGCUGUUGUAACACAUUGGUUCUUGAGACGCAGAGCUAUGGCAUGUCUGAUAGCCACAAUUGGGGGUUUGGUCGGUGCGUCAUGUAUUGCAGUUAUGUUGCAAAAUUUAUACGUUGAAGUCGGAUUUAAAUGGGCUAUUCGGAUAUUGUCAUUCUUUUGUAUGGCAUGUAUGUGUGUUUCCAUUAUUUUUGUGAAGGAAAGAAAGUCAGAACCAAGCUUACAGAAUGGACUGACGGACGUCCAAAUUCAUACAGACACCGAAACAUCCAAGAACCAUAAGAUUGCUUAUAGAGUCACCCAGUUUUUUGAUGGUAUUUUUGACUUUUCAAUGUUCAAAGACAUCAGAUUUAUUUUGUUGACUAUGGCUGUGUUCUUUUCCGAGAUUGUGUCUCUUUCUACUCUUACAUACUUGACAUCCUAUGCUAUUGCUUAUGAUGUUUCUGACUCAUCUGCAUACUUGUUAAUUACACUUGUCAACGUUUGUGGCAUUCCAGCAAGACUUGUUCUGGGAAUCAUUGCUGAUUACUACGGCAGGUUCAAUGUAAUGGUUGCCAGUUCCAUAUUAACCACCAUCACUAUCUUUGGUCUCUGGCUACCAGCAAAAGGGAAUAUGAGCCUACUUUAUGCCUUCAGUAUUUUAUUCGGAGUGGUUACUUCUGCAAACAUAAGUCUCAUCGGCCCUACCAUCGGCCAGAUUACAUCUGCGGAAAAAUUUGGUCAGUGCUAUGGUAUGUGCUAUUUCUGCUUGUCAUUCCUUACCAUUUUGGGGAUGCUUUUUUCCUCGUUAGUCAUAGGCUCUGGAACAUUAGUCGAGUACAGGAACUUCAUAUUCUAUGAAGGCGGGAUUUCUAUUGGAUCUGUGAUAUUCUGGAUUUUGGCCCGUUAUUCUGGCGUUGGGUGGAAUUGGUGCAAAUUUUAA